UAAUAUGACUAACUUUAUUGAUGUAUAUCUAAUAAAUACAUUUUCUCUGAGUUUUCUCCUUUCUGUGGUUUUUAUUUGCAUGAAAAUAUAACAUUAAAUGUCCAAGAACAGAUGUUUACAGUGUGAGUCAUCUUCACAGGAUCACAGAGAUGGCUUCCCACAGCUUCUCUGCCCUCCUCAACCUGCGCUUCCUGGACCUCAGUGGGAACCAGCUGGUGCUCAUCCAUCCAGAAGCUCUCAGCAUACCCGGCAGUCCCCUUCAGGAGCUCAGCCUGAGCUGCUCGCUCUACAACUUCUCCGCCCUGACCGACCUCGCCACAGCUCUGCGCUGGGGCAGCCUCAGAGGGCUCCUCCGCCUCGACCUCUCUGGGAACCAGCUCUCCCUGCUGCCCCCGGGCAUGUUCUCUCACCUCCCCAGCCUGCAGCAGCUCUUCCUUACUAACAACUCUCUGGUGACGGUCUACAGCGGAACCUUCUCUGGCAUGAACCAGCUGCAGGUGCUGGACCUUUCACACAAUGCCUUCAGCAAGUUCAGCGCUGAUGCUCUCCGGGAGCUGGAGACGCUCGGGAACAUCCAAGUCUUCCUCGGGGACAACCCCUACACCUGCUCCUGUGAGAUCCAAGACUUUGUGUCCUGGCUGAAUGAGUCAAGAGCUCAGGUGGACGUGCACGCUGUAAGGUGCGCCUCACCAAGGGGGUUGAAUGGCACCUUGCUGCAGGGGCUCAGUGUCCAGGCCGUUGGAUGUGUUGUUCCAGACCAAGCAGAGGUGGCUGACCUCAGCCUGCAGACGUCCUAUGUCUUUCUGGGACUUGUUCUGGGGUUUGUGGGGAUGGUGUUUCUCCUUGUUCUCUACCUGAAUCGAAAAGAUAUGAAGAAUUGGAUCAUUGGGAUGAGAGAUGCAUGUCAAGACGUCCUGGAGGGGUAUCACUACAGAUAUGAGAUCGACUCAGACCCUCGACUGGGGCACAUUUCAGCAGCGAAUGGUAACAGCAAGGAAAAGGGGCAACAAGGAUUAACUCUGUCACAGCAGCUGCCGAGUGACACCUGUAUCCUCUAGGUUCCUACAGACACACACGUCAGACAGGUGACAGCCUCCCCACCCGUGAGCCUAUGAAGCUCAAAUACUCUGAGUAAAUAAGAAAUACAUGUAGAUGUGAGUAGUUUAUUCUUGCAGAUGAACUUCCUGUACAUACUGCACUGACUUAUUAGCCAUACCUUAAAAGUGCCUUUGUGUUUCCAAGGAACUGGAGCAUUUUAUCUCUAAAUAAGCAUUAAUAUUCCGUGUUUAUUGUACAUUUUAUAAAAAAUAUAAUACAUAGACUACGUUGAAGACAAAAUAGAUCGUCAGCCUGUUGAUUUUAGCAAACUGUGGUUCCCUUUCUUCUUUCAUAUUAGUGCCACUAUUUUAAAUAUCUUAAUAGAGCAAUUAAUUGAUAAGUUGGGCUUUGGAAAACACUGAUCGACAUUUUCCCCCAUUUUCUGCCAUUUUACAGCGAAAAUAACGAUUUAUUGAGGAAAUGAUAAUAAUAAAUUAUCUGCUCACCCUGAUGGAAAGCCAAACAGUGUUGCAGCAUUCUCCAUCAAAAAAAAACAUAAUGGCUCCAAACUGCUUGGGCAAAAUCCAAGUCACAGGAGGCCGUGAGAUUUCCUCGAGACUUAAAUUAGACUGGGCCAUUUUUUUUUUUCAGUGUAUUUUUUUUAUGUUUAAAACAAGUCCCCAUCUGCUUCAGUUGGAGAAUGCUGCAACAUUGUUUUGCUGCCAAGCAAAAUGGAAAUGUUUUGUGGACCAUGAUGUAACUUCACCUGACUUUCAUCGGUUUGAGGGUGAAAAGAUAAUGAUUGUGUUUUCAUUGUUGGCUAUCAUAUCCUUUAAUAG